GUCAAAAAAAAAAUGAAAAUUGUAGAACAAAAACAAAAAUUUAUUCGAAAAAACGAAAAUCAUAACCAUCGAUAUUUGCUAUCGAUGAUGAGCAGCAGCAGCAGCAGCACACACGACAUUCACAUGUUUACAAUAAAGCAGUCCAUUUCAACCAUUGGUCUAAUGAUGAUAAUUUUGUUUCUUUUUUCAAAUUCUUUUAAAUUGGUCUGCUAAGAUAUAGAUAGUUGAAAAUAAACGACAACAAAUCGUGAUAUAACGAGAGAGAGAGAGAGAGAGAGAGACAAAAAAACCUUGUCCAUCCUAUUGUGUGUGUGUAUGUAAAAAAAGGUUGAAGACCACUGUAUUUGGUUAAACAAGGAUUGGCAAGUAAAUUAAUUGGAAAAAAAAUUUUAGAGUUGGCAUUGUGCAAUUAUUACUUGCAAUUGCAUUGAUGCAUCAAUUUAUCAACAACAAAAAAAUAUACGCUUCACCUUCAAUUAAUGAAACUUGAAACAAACAAAUAUUGAAUGAAAAAAAACAACAUGAACAAAGUUGAAAUGAAAAUGGCCGAUAAUCAAACCGAAGUACAGAUCGAAGUGAUGAUCGAAGAUGAUCAUAUUUCAAUUCCAUCCGAAUAUUUCUUACCAACACCAUCAUCAUCAAUUGAUAGUGAUAUAAAUGAAAUAGUCGAGUCAUCCACAUUGAAUUCAUUGAUGAAAAAUAAUGUUAAUGAUGAUAAUAAUAAUGAUGAUGAUGAAAUAACAACAACGAAUAAUAAUAGUGGUGAUAAUGGUGAAACCAUUAAUGAAAGCCGUCAAUGUUGGGUCUGUCUUGCUUCCGAUGAUGAAGAUGAUGAAAAAGAUACCGAAUGGAUUCAUCCUUGCCGUUGUAAUGGCACAGCCAAAUGGGUUCACCAGAAUUGUCUUCAACAAUGGAUCGAUGAAAAACAGAAAUAUAAUUCAUCGUUAAAUGUUUCCUGUACACAAUGUAAUACAGAAUAUUUGAUUGUUUUUCCACAACAUGGAAAACUAUUCUAUACAAUCGAAUUAUGUGAUAGAAUUUUAUAUUCAGCAUCUCCACUGGCUGCAAUUACCUGUAUAGUUGGAUCAAUCUAUUGGAGUGCCGUUUGUUAUGGUGCUUUUACUAUUAUGCAAGUUUUAGGAAAAGAAAAUGGUAAAAUUGUAAUCGAACAGUCUGAUCCAUUGGUUUUGUUAGUAGGAUUACCAUCCAUUCCAUUAGCAUUGUUAUUAUCGAAACUGAUUCGUUGGGAAGAUCAAAUACUGAAAUUGUGGAUACAAAACAAAUGCCGUUUACCAUUAUUAGGCUAUAUAAUGGGAAAACCGGCAGAAAAAUCCCGGGAAUAUGCUGAACAGACAAUUUUUGCACGUGAUUCAAUGUCUGAUCCAAUAUCGAUUUGUCGUAAUUUUUGCGGUGCAUUAAUUCUACCAACAGCAGCCACAUUUAUUGGUGGCAUUUUUUUCGAUAACAUUAAAUCGAAUUUUAGUCGAGCAAUUCUGGGAGGAUUGACAUUUGUUUUGGCCAAAGGUUUCAUUAAAAUUUUACUAAGACAAAAUCAAUAUAUAAGGCAAACGCAUAGAAAAAUCCUGAAUUUUGAUAAUAAAUCUGAAACAGAAUAAUCUUUUAUUUUUGAAUAAUCAGUGAAAAAAAACCUAUAUUUUGUUUUGUAUUUAAAAAAAUGAAGAUAAAAGUUUUGUUGUAACAUGUA